UGUUUAGUUUUUUUGUUCAAAGGGCUGAGUCUUCAGUAAAUUUACAAAAAAGUGAUUUUAUUUUAGUUUUUAGCAAUAAAUAAUUAAUAAAGAAACAAAUAAUGGAUCCAGCCUUGCUAAGAGAACGCGAAGCGUUCAAAAGAAGGGCCAUGGCCACUCCCACUGUGGAGAAAAAGCCCAAGGUAGAAACUGUAACAGCUCCUCCAAAAGAUGAUGCCAAAAAGAAAAUGCGUCCACCUACGGCCCCUAAGCUGGACUCGAAUACAUACAAAACCAUGGCCGGUAGUUCUCAAUACAGAUUUGGUGUUUUAGCUAAAAUUGUAAAACAUAUGCGUACCAGACAUCAGGAUGGUGAUGAUCAUCCCUUAACAUUAGAGGAAAUUUUAGAUGAAACAAAUCAACUGGAUGUAGGACAAUCGGUUAAAAAUUGGUUGGGCAGCGAGGCUCUAAUGAAUAAUCCCAAAAUUGAGGCUACUCCGGAUGGUAUGCGUUUCAGCUUUAAACCCGUUUACAAAAUAAAAGAUGGUAAAAGUUUGCUGCGUUUACUAAAGCAACACGAUCUUAAAGGUUUAGGCGGUAUUCUAAUGGAAGAUGUGCAAGAGUCUCUGCCCCACUGCGAAAAGGUUUUAAAGAAUCGUGCUUCAGAAAUUAUUUUUAUUGUUAGACCUAUAGAUAAAAAGAAGAUUUUAUUUUACAAUGACCGUACAGCUAAUUUUGCCGUUGAUGAAGAAUUCCAAAAGCUUUGGCGCUCCGCCACAGUUGAUGCUAUGGAUGAUGCCAAAAUUGAUGAGUAUUUGGAAAAACAAGGUAUACGUUCUAUGCAAGAUCAUGGUCCCAAGAAACCUGUUCCCAAACGUAAAAAGGUGGCUAAUAAAAAGCGGCAAUUCAAAAAACCCAGAGAUAACGAACAUUUGGCUGAUGUUUUGGAAACCUAUGAAGAUAACACAUUGACACAGAAAGGCGUUAAUCCAACAUAAAAAUAAAAUAUAGUCAUAUUGAUUUAGAUUUAUGGCAAAUAUAUCUAAAAUUCCAUUGCAAAUUUUUGACUCAAUUUUUUUCGAAAAUAAACUAAUAAAAUAUUGGUA